AUGCCUUCCGAGAACGCUCAGUCCGUCAAGGUGCUCGACGAGCUCUUCCAGAAGCUCACCGUCUCCACCGAGGCCGCCGCCAUCAAGGAGACUUCUGGCGAGAUUGCCGGCUUUGUCAACGGCCGUAUCGAGGACCAGGAUGUGCCUAACAAGCUCAUUGAGAACCUCGAGAAGCAGUUGGCCAGCAAGAAGGAUGCUGUCGCCCGUGAGCGCGCUUGCGUCGCCAUUGAGCAGAUUGCUGCCCACUCCGAGGUCUCUGCUGCCGUUGAGCCCUACCUCGUGGUCCUCCUCCCCAAGGUCCUGGCUGCCGUCGGUGACAAGUCUGUCAACGUUAAGAACGCCGCCCAGGCUGCUGUCCUCGCCAUCGCUGGCGCCAUCAAGGGCAACGCCUCCAAGGCUGCCCUCCCCCACAUCAUUGAGUCGAUCCGCAACGCUCAAAAGUGGCCGGAGAAGAUGGCUGCUCUUGACUUCAUCGACGCCCUGGUCGUCUCCGCCCCUGCCCAGAUCGCCUACCGUGUCCCCGAGUUGAUUCCCGUCAUCUCCGAGGCCAUGUGGGACACUAAGAAAGAUGUCAAGGACCGCGCCUACAAGGCUAUGGAGAAGCUCUGCCAGCUCAUUGUCAACCGUGAUAUCGAGCGCUUCAUCCCCGAGCUCAUCAAGUGUAUCGCCAAGCCCGAGAACGUCCCCGAGACCGUUCACUUGCUCGGUGCCACCACCUUUGUCACUGAGGUCCAGGAGCCUACUCUGGCUCUCAUGGUCCCCUUGCUUGACCGUGGUCUCGCCGAGCGUGAGACUGGUAUCAAGCGUAAGGCCGCUGUCAUUGUCGACAAUAUGUGCAAGCUUGUCGAUGACCCCAACAUUGUUGCUCCUUUCUUGCCCAAGAUGAUGCCCGGUCUCCAGAAAAACUACGAGAACCUGGCUGAUCCCGAGGCUCGUGAGAAGACCAAGCAGGCUCUGGACACCCUCAACCGUGUCGGCAACGUCCAGAACGGUGUCAUCCCCGAAGCCCGCAAUGAUGGUGCUCUCAACAUCGUCCUCGAGAAGCUCACUGAGAUCCUCAAGCCCAAGUACGGCAGCUACCUGGAGAAGAUGGGUCCCCUCGCCGAGUACAUUUCCGCUAUUGCCGGCCAGCUCGUCGACGAGAAGGAGACCGAGCCCAUGAUCUGGGUCGAGAACCUAAAGCCUUACGUUGCCGUCAUCACAGGUAUUGACAACGCUGAGGCCGUCAUUGAGACUCUCCGCAAGAAGGCAUCUCCCGGUGCUGCCGACGAGGCCGAGGUUGAGCCCGAUGAGGAGGAGGGUGAGGAUCUCUGCAACUGCACCUUCUCCCUCGCCUACGGUGCCAAGAUUCUUCUCAACCAGACUCACCUGCGUCUCAAGCGUGGUCAGCGCUACGGUCUCUGUGGUCCCAACGGUUCCGGCAAGUCCACCCUCAUGCGCGCCAUCAACAACGAGCAGGUCGAGGGCUUCCCCAAGCAGUCCGAGGUCAAGACCGUCUUCGUCGAGCACGACCUUGACUCUGCCGAUACUGAGAUGACCACCAUUGACUGGACCAUGAAGAAGCUCGAAGAGGCCGAGGUCACGACUAGCCGUGAGGAGGUCGAGAAACGCCUUGGUGAGUUCGGCUUCAACAACGAGAUGAUUUCUGGUGAGAUCACCGCUCUCUCCGGUGGCUGGAAGAUGAAGCUGGCUCUGUGCCGUGCUGUCUUCGAGGCCCCCGACAUUCUGCUGCUGGAUGAGCCCACCAACCACAUGGACGUGAAGAACGUCAAGUGGCUCGAGGAGUACCUCAUCAACUCCCCCUGCACCUCGAUCGUCGUCUCCCACGACUCCGCCUUCCUCGACAACAUCUGCCAGCACAUUGUCCACUACGAGCGCUUCAAGCUGAAGCGCUACCGUGGCAACCUGGCCGACUUUGUCAAGCGCGUGCCCUCGGCCAAGUCCUACUACGAGCUCGGUGCCUCCGAAAUAGAGUUCACCUUCCCUGAGCCCGGUUUCCUCGAGGGUGUCAAGACCAAGGCCAAGGCCAUUCUGCGUGCCACCAAGAUGACCUUCCAGUACCCCGGUACCUCCAAGCCCCAGAUCCAGGACAUCACCUUCCAGUGCUCGCUCGGCUCCCGUAUUGCCGUUAUUGGCCCCAACGGUGCUGGCAAGUCGACCCUGAUCAACGUGCUCACCGGUGAGCUCAUCCCCACCAAGGGUGAGAUCUACCAGCAUGAGAACAUCCGCAUUGCCUACAUCAAGCAGCACGCCUUUGCCCACAUUGACGACCACCUGGACUCCACUCCCUCCGAGUACAUCCAGUGGCGCUUCCAGACUGGUGAGGAUCGCGAGACCAUGGACCGUGCCAACAAGAUCAUCACAGACGCCGAUGAGAAGGCCAUGGACAAGGUCUUCAAGAUCGAGGGUACCCCCCGUCGCGUCAUUGGCAUCAACUCCCGCCGCAAGUUCAAGAACUCGUACGAGUACGAGUGUUCGUUCGCCCUCGGUGAGAACCUUGGCAUGAAGAACGAGCGCUGGGUUCCCAUGAUGUCUGCCGACAAUGCCUGGCUGCCCCGCUCCGAGCUGUUGGCCUCUCACCAGAAGAUGGUUGCCGACGUUGACAUGAAGGAGGCUCUCGCCUCUGGUCAGUUCCGUCCCCUUGUCCGUAAGGAGAUUGAGGCCCACUGCGCCAACUUUGGUCUCGAUGCUGAGCUCGUCUCUCACUCGCGCAUGCGUGGUCUGUCCGGUGGGCAGCGUGUCAAGACUGUCCUGGCCGCUUGUUCGUGGCAGCGCCCUCACUUGAUCGUCCUAGACGAGCCUACCAACUACCUGGACCGUGACUCCCUCGGUGCCCUGUCCAAGGCCCUGAAGAAGUUUGAGGGUGGUGUCAUCAUCAUCACUCACUCGGCCGAGUUCACCAAGAACAUCACCGAGGAGGUCUGGGCCGUCAUGGACGGCAAGAUGACGCCUUCCGGCCACAACUGGGUGUCCGGCCAGGGCUCUGGUCCCCGCCUCAAGGGCGACGACGAUGAAGAGGAGGAGAAGUUUGACGCUAUGGGCAACAAGAUUGUCAGCACCAAGAAGAAGGCCAAGCUGACCUCGUCCGAGGCUCGCAAGAAGAAGAAGGAGCGUAUGGCCCGCCGCAAGCGUGGUGAGGAGGUUUUCUCCGACGAGGACGACAUCUAA